AUGGUCAAGCUUAAUACCAUCGCAAGCGCGAAUACUGCAUUUAUCAAGCAACAACGCCUCACAGCCGUAUUCGUAGGAGCGACGAACGGCAUCGGCGAAUUCACCGUUCGCGAACUUUGCAAGACAAAUGGAAACUCAGGACCAGGACUACGGAUUAUCCUUGUUGGCCGCAAUGAAAACGCUGCUCGCACAAUCAUUGAUGAAUGCAAGUCACUGUGUACCACUGCAGAGUUUCACUUUGUGCAGGCUGGCGACAUAAGUUUGCUGCAAAGUGUAGACAAAGCUUGCGAUGAGAUCAAGAAGAUCGUGGAAGCGACAAAGACGAAAGGAAUAGAUAUGUUAAUCAUGACCCAAGGAAAAGUAGAAUUUGGAGGACGGAUUGGUCAGUCUUCCACCCCUAUCCCCUUCUUCUCUUAUCUUCUAAACUAA